AUGACUCAAAAAACCAAAAAACAACUAUCCAAGGAUCCAUGUUCAGCAUUUCCACCGGAAAUUAUAUCGGUAAUUUUCAAAUUUUGCUCUAGAUCAACUCUACACUCUUGUGUAUUUGUCAAUAAACGAUGGAACGCGCUAGCGAGUAUAUCCUUAUGGCAUUCGCCAUGGUCACAAAUGGCCAAUAACUGGAAAUUAAUUUCCCACACGUUAACCAACGAAUACGAAAACCGCGAAAUACAUCCGCCACGUUACGGACCAAUGAUCAAACAUCUCGAUUUCUCGGAUAUUUAUUAUAUAGUACAAGAUUUUCUAAUUCAGGAUCUGGCCAAAUCAUGCACAAAACUCCAAACGUUGAUCAUUGAUUCGCCAAGACAGUUGUCAGAUAAUUCGGUGGGUGCUGUCGCUACUUUUUGCACCAAACUCUUGCAUCUGGAGCUGCGAGGAUGCACACGAAUCACUGACGACUCGAUGUCUUCUCUUGUGACAAAUUGUCGCUGUUUGUCGGUUUUGAAUCUGGAGAAUUGUCCGCGAAUUACUGAUGUCACAUUUACCAAGAUGGCGAAACAUUGUGGCACACAUUUGAUUUCCUUGAAUGUCGCAAACUCAUUAUCAAUCACCGAUGAAUCUUUGCUGGAAAUAUCGAAAGAUUGUUAUAAUAUGCGAGAUUUAAAUUUGGCUAAUUGUCGCAAUAUCACAGAUAUAGGUGUUUCUUCGUUAAGUUCACUUACAAUCAUGCGAAACUUAAAUAUUUCACAUUGUAAUAACGUGACUGACGAGUCAUUAAAAAUAUUGGGCAAAUCUUGCGUAGAGUUAAAGAGUCUUGAUAUUAUUGGAUGUCGUAAUGUCACUGAAGUUGGGGUCAAUUGUUUGAUUGAUGGUUGUAUGAAAUUGGAAUUAUUGCGAAUUAGUGAACAGUAUGGAAUGCUGUCAAGGGGCUUUCUGAAAAGUGUGGAGUUUAAGUAUUUGAGGGUGAAAUUGUCAAGAGUAUGA